AUGGUUUUCUUACCUUUGCAGAUAUGGACUCCACAUGUUGUUACCAUGUGGGAGGCCUUCUUGACAGUGCUGCAAUUUGGGUUGUUGCUGAUACAUGCAUAUGCUCAAGACAAGCGUUGGCCCUACUUCUCCCUUCCUCUAGCAAGAACUGAGAGGCCAGAUGACUGGGUGCCAGCAGAGGCUGCUUCAUGCGGACAUGACAACAGGGUUCAUAAUGAUUACUCUGAGAUACUUCAAGUUGAUGAAGAUGAAGAUGAAAACAUUGUCGAUAUUUUCUCCAUCCAUUCAAAAAUUGGGGCAGGUACUGUUUAUCAAAAUUUUCCUGGUAGUGAUGUAGCUGAAUGCUCCAACAAAGAUGUCAACAAAAAGAUCACUUUUGAAGAAUUUCAUGUGCUCACAAUUUGGAAGCAGCAAUUUCUAGAUGCGUUCAUGUUGGAAAAGACAGAAUCAAGAAAAUUCAACAGUAUUUACCUGCAGUUUGCACUAGCUUUCUGGGAGUUACUCCUUGCACCAUGGAGACUUCUGUUUGCUUUUGUGCCUCCCUAUCAGAUUGCUCAUGGGUGGAUUGCCUUCGUUUGCUCUCUCCUUUUCAUAAGUGGGAUAGCUUACAUUGUAACAAUGCUCACAGAUCUGAUAAGCUGUGUCACAGGAAUAAAUUCUUAUGUCAUAGCAUUUUCGGCAUUGGCCAGUGGUACCUCGUGGCCGGAUUUAGUGGCAAGUAAGAUUGCUGCGGAACGUCAGAUAACAGCAGAUUCCGCCAUUGCAAACAUCACUUGCAGCAAUUCAGUGAACAUAUAUGUGGGAAUUGGCAUUCCAUGGUUGAUCGACACAUUAUACAACUUUAUUGCAUAUAAAGAACCACUGAGGAUAGAGAAUGCUGAAGGGCUCGGUUUCUCUUUGCUUGUUUUCUUCUCUACUUCUGUAGGCUGUAUUUCUGUUCUGGUACUUCGACGUCUUACAUUAGGCGCGGAGCUUGGAGGGCCAAGACUUUGGGCCUGGGUUACAUCUGUGUACUUUAUGUUGCUUUGGCUUAUUUUUGUUGUAUUGUCCUCCCUCCGAUUUUCUGGCAUCAUAUGAGAGUUCCCCCCCCCCCCCCC